AUGAGAGGCUCAUUACUUCAACUAGUCUCCGUGUUCCUCAAAAGUGAUCCUACUGCUGUGAAAAAAUAUGCUAGACGCGCUCAAUUGGGUGAAAUUUUUGAAUUAGAUCGUGCUACUUUGAAAUCAGACGGUGUUUUUCGUAGUAGUCCAAGGGGUUGGUUUACUUUUGGACAUGCUUCGUUUGCUCUGCUUUUCUUCUUCGGACACAUUUGGCAUGGUGCUAGGACCCUGUUCAGAGACGUUUUUGCUGGUAUUGAUCCAGAUUUAGAUGCUCAAGUGGAAUUUGGAGCAUUUCAAAAACUAGGAGAUCCAACUACAAAAAGACAAGUAGUUUGA